GGCGGCUGCCGGGCUCGGCGCAGCGGCGGGCGGCGCGGCGGACCCGCCUCAUGCCGGGGGCUUGAGGGCUCGCCGGGGCUCGGAUCCCCUCGGGGCGCCGGCGGGACCCGCGCGAUGCCGGGGCGCUGACCGGGGAGCGCAGCCCGGGCGCUCCGGCGGCUGCAGCAUGGAGGACGGGCUGGGGUCCGAGGAGGAGACCUUGCUUCAUUCAGAAAAAGAAUUCCACAAUGCAGCAAAGCGGAACGACGUAGCCAGGAUGCAAGAGCUCAUCAGGACAAGGGUUAACGUCAAAGCCAAAAACAAUACAGACAGGACUGCCCUGCACUGGGCCGCUGGAGCUGGGAACGAGCAAGCCGUGCGACUGCUGCUGGAGCUCGAAGUCCCGGUGGACGACAAAGACAGUUUUGGAAUGAACGCACUUCUCCUCUCUGCUUGGUUUGGCCAUCUGCGCGUUCUUCAGAUCCUCGUGAACGCCGGUGCCAAGAUCAGCUGUGUCAACAAGAACGGCAGGAACCUGCUGCACUGUGCAGCUCAGAGAGGGCACAUCAAGGUGAUGGAGUUCAUUAUGGAGGACCUGGAGGACGUGCAUGUGGAUAAGACAGACAAGAUGGACAAGACGGCGUUUCAUCUGGCUGCAGAGCAUGGGAGGUUAGAAGUGGUGGAGUUCCUGAUUGGGUCAGGUUGUAGUCACAGUGUUAAAGACAAGGAAAAGAACACAGCCCUACAUUUGGCUGCUAAAAAUGGACACCCCACAGUGCUGCAGAAGAUUGUGGAAAUUGGAUUGGGCCUAGAAGAAAAGAACAUGGAAGGUCUGACUGCUCUGCACUUGGCUGUGGAGGGAGGCCACUACGACUGCGUGAAACUCCUCUUGGAAGCUGGUUGUGACGUUAAUGCCCAAACCCAGAAAGCGAUGACCUGCCUUCAUUAUGCAGCACUCCAUGGCUAUGAAGACAUGGCCAGGAUCCUUGUUGAUGCAGGAAUCUACAUAGAUGCAGUUAAUCAUCAACAUGCAUCAGCCAUGCACAUUGCAGUGCUGCAGAACUUCCCAGCCAUUGUUAAACUCCUCAUCGACGCAGAGUGCAACCUGGACAUCCCGGAUGAAAGGCAGCAGACACCACUCCAUAUUGCUGCAGAACACGGGAGACAAGACAUAGCUGAGAUGAUUCUCAUAGCAGGAGUUAACUUGAAGUUAAUUGAUAAGCAAGGAAAAACAUCCCUGGAUGUAGCUGCCCGGGGCAACCAUAUCAACUUGGCGGACAUGAUUAUCAAAGCGGAUCGAUUUUACAAAUGGGAGAAGGACAGUCUCAACAGUGACUCUGACUCCUGGGUGGCAAAGCACUUAACCUUUAAACAAGAUCACAGGCUGGAAACGCAGCACAUUCGCUCAGUGAUGUGGAGAUUAGCUACUAAAUACCUCAAACCCAACGAAUGGAAGAAGCUUGCACAUUACUGGAAAUUCACAGAUGCACAUAUCAGAUCCAUUGAGCAGCAGUGGGCAGGUACUAAAAGCUACAGGGAGCAUGGCCACAGAAUGUUGCUUAUUUGGCUUCAUGGUGUGAUCAUGGCAGGAGAAAAUCCAAUCAAAGGACUAUACGAAGGCCUGGUGGGGAUUUGUAGAAGAGACUUAGCAGAAAGCAUUAGGAAAAAGGCAAAUGCAGAAUCCACUUCUCCAAGGAAGUGUACAGCAAUGUAACAACUGAAGGGGAAAUGACUGUACGAUGCUGCCUCAGCUGGUUUCCCCCUAGAACCACAGCGAUUGAACCGGAAUCACUGAACUAUUCACUAAAAAGUGGCCAUAAAACUUUUAAGGGCUUCUUGUCAUGACAAGUGGCAUUUCUGCUGCUUCCACUUGAGUUCAGGUAAACGACGAGACAUCAGCACGUGCUAAUAAUUUUAAAACAUCUUUAUACAAGUGUGGGGUUUAUUUGCUGUUGCAUAGAUGCUGGUGACUAUAAUACAAGCUAGGGGAAGUCUGAUUUGUGAUACUGUGACUACGUUUCAAUCAGGACUCUGAUAUUUUCUUACUGUAAUUUGUUUACAUCUCAUUUUUUGUAUGUAUAAUUUUUUUAAUUUUUUUUUUAAAUAAGUUACAAAGGGGAGAACCUUUCUAUUUAACAUGUAGUAAGUUGUGUUCUUUACCAAAUCUCUUCAGUUUUUGUCUGUGUCACUUGUGGUUUAUUGUUGGAGGAAUGCUCAAUUGUUUAGCUGCUGGUGUCGAUACAUUUGUUGUGGGGUGGGGUGGAUGUUAUCUGGACUGUAUAUAAAAAAGGGAUCAGGUUUUGGAUCCCAAAGCCUCAACAGUUUCUCAUUAGCUGGCAUUUGAAAGGCUACAAAUUCCAUAGUGCUGUGCAACUGAAUGUUUGUUAUUUAGAAUCUGCCCUUUCCAAGGUUAAAGUCAUAAUAUAGAUUUGAGCCAUCUUCACACAAAUACACAAUUUAGGGAAACCAAAAUACAGUUUUGUUAGAGAGUCAAUACUUUUCCAAUUCGUUUUACCUUAUAUAGAUGAACCACUUACUUUUUGUGCUCUAAAAGUGCACAACUCAAAAGCGAGAGGGAUUUGAAGAGUCAGUUCCCCUCCUUGGCACAUAAACAUCUGCAUAUUCCCUAAAGGGAAAAAUGUCAGCAUAUAUGCUAACAUGUUAUCGCCACACAGGUAGCCUUGCCUUGAGUGCCAGUACAUGGUUUACUCGAUUUUGGUACAGAAGAGAUAAUCACCUGUUAUUUAUACCAACCCUCACAAAGAGCACACUUUUCUUAAGAAACACUCAGCAAUUUCUCAUGUGAAGUUUUGUAUUUUUUACAGUGUUUAAGGGGGAAAUAAAAUCUGUUCUCCAAUAAACGAGAAUAUUUUUCCUGUAA